UGCGCGCUGCACCGGCCAGAGACAGCGAACAAUUUGUGAAAGAUAAAAACUGAAUUCGACGGGGAAAAACAACUGAAUUUUCCCUGGAUGAGGAGUCUGACAUACUCCCGUAACUUGCUCUAUAAAAUCUUCACUUGUGUGGCCGUCCCUGGUCGCUAAAUCUCAUCAAGGUAUGGGAAGUUUCAAUUUUAUUCUUGAAUUAUUAAGUUGUACGGUUGUCGAGGUUUAUAAUUUAAGCUUUAAUACAACUGUUCUUAUAAGAAGGAAUUGAAUACUAACAACAAAGAAAAAGGUAGAAAACGACAUUUCCUCACAAAGUUAUUACAAUCUUUCGCCUUUUUUCUCGUGCUUCUCUGACGCGUGAUUUUUUCCACAAACUUCACAGAACCAGAAUGAAAUUUCGAAGUCGAAACUGAAUUUAUCUGCGGGUGCUCACUUUUUGGACGCAAGGUGAUUCGCUUUGGUGAAGGACAGCUCGGUAGUUGACGUUUCAUGUGGACGAUGAGUUCAGGCGAAGAAGAGAAUGAUGAAGGUGUUGAAGCGGCUCAAAUUGACGAAACUGAUCCAGUGUUUCGUUCCGUCGCAGAGGCGGACGUCAGCUUGGAUGAAAUGAUGAGUUUAGCAUGUCGACAAGGGAAACUCGACAUCGUAGAGCUGUUGUUGGAAAGUGGGGCUCACGUGGAUUAUAGAAACAAGGCUGGGAAUACACCAUUGUUGGAGGCGUGUAGCCAGGGACAUGCUGAUGUAGCUCGUUAUUUAUUAGACCACAAUGCUAACAUCGAUGCCCCUACUGAAACCACCUCAGAUAGUGCCCUCACUUGGGCCUGCACCCUUGGCAACGAGGCCAUUGUGGAGUUGCUCUUGGAAAGGACCUCCAAUGUUGAGCAUCGUACCAAAGAUGGUUGUACGGCACUAAUGUUUGCGGCCCUGGCAGGUCACGUCAAAGUAGCUGCCAUGCUGCUUGAUCAUGGGGCUGAAAUAAAUGUUGAGUCAGAUAGCAACAAAGAUAGCCCCCUUACAUUUGCCUGUUGGAAGGGGCACUGUGAUGUAGUGGAGCUACUUCUGGAGAGGAAUGCCAACAUCGAGCACCGCACCAAAGAGGGCUUUACUCCACUCAUGUUUGCGGCACUUGGGGGGCAUACCGAUGUCGCGAGGAAGUUACUGGAACGUAAAGCCAAGGUUAACGUUCCGAGUGGAAGCAAUAAUGAUAUUCCACUGACCAGUGCAUGUUGGAAGGGCCACCAUGAUGUCGUCAAGCUUUUGUUGGAGUUUAAAUCCAAUAUAGAGCAUCGCACAAAGGAUGGUUGUACUCCACUUAUGCUAGCAGCUCGGUACGUAUACCUUGUAUGAUAUAACCUUUAGAGCAAUAUAAACUCUGCGUUGUAGAGAAUGGCAUGUAAACAUUAUCAGAGAAAAGAAAUCCUUUUCAAAUCUGAAUAUUGUUUUCACCUUCUCCCAGAUAGCCUUUCUAGCUUUCGGUAUGAGAGGUCAGAAGUUCAUAUCCCCUUAGGGCCAGUUUUUCUUUCAAGGAUUUGAAAGGGUUUCUUUCCUUCUGAAACCACCAAGAUUAUACUCGACAAUAAUAUUAGUCUUAAAACUCUCUCAAAAAAGUGCUGUGAUUGUCAAAGCACUUUUCAAGAUCCAUUUACUUUUAUUACGACCUGGUGCAGAUAUUGAAGUUCAAUUUUGUCCUCAGCACAAAUGUCAUUUUCUUUUGUUUCAAACUCAUUAACAUUCAUUACCAAACACCAAAACAAAUGAAAGUCAAAUUUGAACCAAAGAAAAGAUUGAGCCACAACCUAGAUUCUUAAAAAUAUCUCAGUCUAAACUUCUUGUAAGUGAUCAACAAACCUUUUUAAAUCCUUUGACGCGAAUCUUUGUUUUUUAACUCGCCUGGAUAACACUGUCACAUGGCUGGACAAAAUAUUUUGAGUUCAGUCAUCCCAAUUUUUUUUUUAUGUGCUCUCGAUUUGUAUAUACAUGUUCCGGGUUUAUUCUAGAAAUUGGCCAAUGAGGGUCAAGUGGGCGCUGUUCUGUAAUUUUAGGGGGACCUUUUUUGAGAAAGGGGGUUCCACAAAAGGUAUUUGAACUUAUUGGUACAGACUGUUCCAAGAGAAAACAAACACUUAUUAAUGUUUUGCGUCCAUUUUGGAACAUUCUGGGCAACUGAAAAAGCCUGGGCUCAAAUGACUGCAGAAUCCCGGAUGUUUGUCUUGUGAAAUAAUGACUCAAACGAAGAAGAGAAAGGCAAUUGAGACAGUAAUAGGCUAUAAAAGUUCAAAGUAAGUUUAUAGAGCGGCCGUCAAAUCAGUGAUGUGACUGUGUCAGUGAUUUUUUUUCCAAAAAAAAAAAACUUAUCCUUGGGCCUAUAAUUUUUGUGCCCCAUUUGAUGUGGCAAUGUAAAUUUUUGGGGACAUUUUUUCCAAAUUGUGGAAAUCCCGCAAGGCUGUGCUCUAGAAUAAACCCUGCAUGUUUACAAGGUGAGAAAGUAUUGAGAAAAUUAUGCAGCGAAAUUUUUAGGAGGACACAAUUAUGUGACAAAAUAAUGUCUUUUUUUUUUUUCAACAAAUUAUGCAGCUUCUAUGGAAAAGAUUUCUCAAAGAAUUCUACUAUUAUUAGAUUCAGAACAUCAAUGAUUUUGUUACAAAUAGUUAUAAUGAGUUCUGGGACUGAUCUAGUGAAAAAUCAUGAUUCCCAGUCCAGAGUUAAAAAAGCAACUGAGUCCUAAAUUGAAAAUGCUUGGGCCUUUAUGUAAUCAGACAGUUAAUCUGAAUAUAGAGUCCAAAACUAUUUAAUACAGUUUUCUGAAUUAAAACAGUCCUUCUAUUUAAAGCACAAAAAAGACUUAGACAAAUAUGUACAGUUAAAAAUCAGUCACAGAAAUCACACAAACAGAAUAUUCUACAAAAACAUUUUCAGAUCAAUCGAACGAUCUUUGCGUUCUAUGAAACGCAUGCCAUGAAUUAUUUUUCAUCUUUGCGGAUUUUUAUGCUUCAGGGGUAACAAAAUCACUGCAGCUUUAAAAAUUUUAUAGACUCUGCAUUAAAUGUUAGCAAAGCAAAAUAGCCUUUGAUAAACAUCUAUGUACUGUCAGUUUUUUUUUCCAGAUUAUGCUUUAUGGUAUGAGAUUUGUCAUGGAUAAUGCACUCCGAUCAGAUUUAAGUUCAAUUAAGUAAUAUUGAUUGGAACUGUUGCUUUGCACUCACACAUUGUUCUAUUGAAAGCAGUGAUGUGUCAUUGUGACAAGUGGAUAUAAAUAUUCAAUUCUUGUUUCUUGUUGCCUAGAAAUGUUUUACCUGAGCAAUACCAAGUAAUAAUAUGGAAUUUAUUUAACUGGUUAAACCUUUUUAUCCAGCUUGAUCUUUUAGCAUAACUUUAGUUUGAGUUUUUUUCUGUUAAUUUUCAUGAAUUUGUUUUGUUCAGUCAUCUUGUUUAUCCCUUUCUUUUCUUUCUUUUUGUCACAAAGUGCAGCUUGUACUGUUUGCCAAAACUGUUAAUGCAUGAUUUGGUAAAUAUGUCAACGUUUAUUAUGAUAGCUAAGUGACCAAAUUGUGUUUCAUUUUACAUUUUUUUCAGGUAUUAAAAAUGUAUUUUUGAUUAUUAAUCUUAACCAACAUAUUUCAGGAAGUUAUGUUAAUUUGUUGGGUGGAUUAAAAUCAGAGGUGAUCACAGAAUGCAACUGUAAUAAUAAUAAUUAUUGGGAAAUCUGCUGUAUUUGUUUGUUUUGUGUGUUUUAAUGUAACUCUUUCGCUUAUACCACCUUAAAGUCACCCUACAAAUCAUAAUUAACAACAAAUAAAAAUUAGUUUUACAUGUUGCUUCUCAAAGCAAAAAUUUUCAAAAGUUGUAACCACUAUUCUUAGCAUAGUAAAGGGUACAUGUACGUAUUAAGAGUGCCCAGUAGCUUUUAUUUGAAUGGUCAUCUGUAAAGCAUGAAGGUUUGUCUGGCCUUGUUUUUCAACAAACUGACACUGUCUCACUGAUGUCAUUUGAUGAAUGUGCUAACAAUAUUAUUUUUACAAUAGGUCUACCUAUUCAAUUUUUAUGACAUUUUAUGUGUAGUUUUAAAACCCAAUGACAUUAUUUUGGGCCAUUCCAUUUAAUAUCCACAACCCUAAUGGAUGAGAUUUUUUAAGAGGGGCAUUGAACGUUAUUCCUGAAUUAUGAGGGAGGGGCUGUGUCAGCACCUUUGAUCUUGAGAAUAUUUUUGAGGGGCAUGACAAAAAAUGGCUAUUUCUAGGGGAGGGGGGACGUUUGAUAUAUAUAUUUUUUUCUUAACCCUUUAAGUCCCAAAGGUGACCAACAUUUAUUUUCUCCCAAUGAUAUCCAUACCUUGUCAAGAGAUAAGGUUAUGAGAAUUCAUAAAAUGAUCACUAAAGAGAAAAUGUUUUGAUCUUUUAUCAAAUUCUCUCAACUAAUUCUUCAAGGAAAUGUAUGGAGAUCAGUUUGGAGAAUUUGUAAGGGGAUAUUGGGGCUUAAAGGGUUAAGGGGCUUCUUACCUCAUCCAUAGGAGUUGGUGGGGGGGAAGUGUGGCUAUUAAAUGGAAUGGCCCUUUCAUGUACAAUGUUUAGUGUCAAGUCAUUUUAUGCUGUAACAAAUUUUUUAACAUCUUCUAGGGAGGGUCAUUAUUCAGUGGCAAAGCUGAUCCUUGAUAGCAAUGCUGAAGUGAAUGUUCCUUCUGGAAGUGAAAAUAAUAUUCCUCUAACCCUGGCUUGCUGGAAAGGUGUGGUGUAUUUUUAAUAUAAACUAUAAGCCAAUAGAAAGUUUGGAUGGCGAGUGCCAUAAUGAGCAGCAAUCUCCUUAACAGCAAUGUUGUCUCUUUCACAGCUCAAAUUUGAUUUCAGGUUAAAUUUUUUAAGCCUUGCUGAUUCUCAAUUUUCUUUGUUUCCUAUGGAUAGGAGACAAAGGAAAUUGAGAAUUAACCUACUUGAUUAAAUCAAAUGUGUCCUGCAGUGGUAACAUCUCCGUGGAAAUGAGCUGCAGCCCACCUCUGGGUACAUGUCACAGGGACGGCAGAGCUGGGGAGGGGAGGGGGCUAGUUCACUCCCACUUUUUCUGAAGAGGAAAGUCUCCUCAACCCACUUAGAAUGAAACAUGUUUUACCAUUCCUGCUGAGAGCCCAGCGUAUGGAAUAAAAACUUAUGCAAGGAUGUAGGUGGAGGGGUAGCGAAACUAAGCAAGCCAAAAAGAAGAACAACCACUGGCAAAAUGAUGAGUUGUGCCCUUGCCAAGCUCUGGGAAGAAGCUCCCCUCCUUCCCCCGCAUAGUAGGGAUAUUUAGAUUUGACAUGAGUACUAAAAGCUAACUGUAUCUCCUGAACUACAACUCUAUCUUGUUGCUUAUUAUCGUGAUUGUAAGUAAGCAUUAGGGAUUAGAUUGGUGUGAUACAUGUUGGUAAUAACUACUGUACCGGCACACAAAAUUAAUUUAGGAUAAAAACUUGAACUCAUGCUCAAUCUCGCACAAACUCUGAAGGUCCCUAGUAUUGUUGAAGUAAUGCAUUGACUUGAUUUAACUUUGCUUUCAUUUUUAAAAUGGGUAGUUUUCUCACCAGGCUGCUCAAUAAGUACUCUCAGCAAAAAAUGUUAGUUUGCCUUUGCUUGUUGCUGUAAGUAUGUCCUUAUUUUCUGUGUCCACAGGUCACACUGAUGUAGUAGAGCUUCUUCUGGAACACAAGUCAAAUAUUGAACAUCGCAACAAAGCUGGCUGUACACCUCUAAUGUUAGCUUCAAGGUAUGUUUUGAACAGUGAUGAGGCCGAUGGCUACAUGUUCGUGGGUCAUUCAAGUCUUAAUGCCCUUUCUUGCCCACCUACUGUUUCCAGUAAGUGCUGUUACAACUUAGUAUUAAGUUCUGGAAUCUUUGCAAGGUAGAUAAUGUUUGUUUUCUUUUGUCAAUUUCAGGGAAGGUCAUGUUGAAACUACUCGACUUUUGCUGAACAAAGGAGCUGAAAUAAACACUCCAUCUGGAAGCAACGAUGACACCCCACUUACUCUGGCGUGCUGGAAAGGUACUUGUAGAUCAGAUAAUCUCUGCAUCCUCUCCCUUACUCCUUGCAUAAAAUUUGCUCAAGGAAGGAAGAACAGUGUAAAGUAGUCAGGUUAGCCUGAGAAAACAGCUGACAUUUGGCAAUGCUACCAUUGGUUUCCCUGCCGAAUGACGUCUGAGAAACUGGCGCAGAAAUUCCAUACUGAUGACUCGUCACUACACAGAUCUGGGUAGAGCUUCUGAUUGGUUGAAUCAAAUUUCUCAUGUAGCACGACCAAUCAGAAGCACUGCCCGGAUCUAAGUAGUGAUGCAUCAUCAGUAUGGAAUUUCUGCACUCAUUUCUCAGAUGUCAUUUGGUGGGGAAACCAGUCGGUCAGCUGUUUUCUCAGGCUACAGUCAGGCAUUAUUUUGUCUAAAGUGCACAUGUUAACAACCCUUCAAACAUUAAAAUAUAUAUUUCCUGCAAAACAGGCCACGUUGAGGUCGUGGAUCUGCUUCUCAAACAUAACUCAAAAGGUGACCAUCAGACCAAGACUGGCUGUACUCCUUUGAUGGAGGCGACAAGGUAUAUGGACUAAUUUUCUUGUGCUAGUAUAAUAACUAGGCCACUUUUUAAACCUACAUGACAGCUUUCUCAGCAGCCAUUGAAACGUUCCAUCACACAUAAGCUUAUAAAAUCAAGCAUACUUUAUCACAUAAUGAAGAAACCUUUCAAAGUGUCUGGUUGUGUAAAGAUAAGUGUUAAGCUGCUCUAAUACUUGGUUAAGGUAACUCAGAAGAAUUGCUCUGAAUUUUCUGCUGUAGUACAGCUCAGUUGGUAAAGCACAUAAUUGUAGAGUGGAAGGUUGUGGGUUUGAUCAAUACUCACGGUCUUAAAAUGACUGAACGUUGAAGGUACUACCUUUGCUUUGCAAACAGCCAGUCCUUUGCAUGGCUCAGAUGACCAGGUAAAAUGGCGGGCCUUUGUCCAGUAGGAGAUGUAAAAAAAGGGUCCUUAGAAUAUUAUUAAUUUCAGGCUUAAUACAUUGACACUCAAAUAAAGUGCAUUGUUUAAAGUUCAUUCUAAAAUUUGAUGAUGGUAUUUGCAAACCAAAAGGUUCAGUAUUGGUGGGUCCCACAAACUCAUCAAUGUGCGACAAAUGCAGACUUCAGACUUGCCAACUGGCAGGUAAACGAUGUAAACAUUGUUCUAAAAUGCUACAGUCUACUAAAUGGUUUGGUUUACGGAAAGUGAAUCUGGUAGAACAUUUCACAACAAUGUUUACCUUGUUAACGUGCAAGUCUGCAGUCUGCAUUUGUCGCAAAGUCAUUCUAAGGCAGAAUUGCUUAACUAGUCAAGGCGAACAAAGGGCAAAUUUCCUAACUUUUUCACUAAAUUUCAGGGAGGGACAUGUUGCUGUCGCUGAAAAAUUGAUCCUUCAUGGUGCAGAUGUAGAGCUUCCUGAUAACUAUGGUCAAAGUCCUCUGUUCAUGGCUUGUUGGAAAGGUAGGAUUUGAUCAACAGGGCCAUGUGAUGUGGAUAGUGGAUGUUGUUGUUAUAUACGCUAAACAAUGGUUAAGGGAAACAAUUUUUAUCUAGGCCUUGAAAAAGUAAGAGGAAUUUGCUCUAACAAGUUCCUGUUUUAAAUACAUGUCUUGUGGAAAUAGGAAUUUUCUGAAUUCCAAAAACUCUCAUUUUCAAAAGGAGGCUAAGAGCAAAACCUUUCUUGUUAAAAUGUGUUUUAUUUGAAUGAGAAUGAAAAUUUAUUGUCAUGUCCAUGGCUUCACACUUAGCCUCACUUUGAAACAGAGGCAUGGGAUAACUCAGAAAGGCCUAUUGUCUUGCAAAGGUGCAAAAGUCUUGCAAAAAUAUUACUUUUGCAGCCUUAGUGUCUGGGCUGCAUAGAUAUCCUGUCAUGAUGUACAUGAAAAUACAAUGGCAUAACUUAAAAGAAAAUUGUUACGUUGUAUAAUUUAUCAGAUACGAUGUUUCAGCCAACCUGGCUUUUCAUUAUCAAACAGUAACAUGGAUAUUCUUUAUACAUGCUUGAUGUGAAAAAUGCAUCUUAUUUCAUUUGUCUUAUAAAUAUUAAUUGUGAUGUUAGCUGUGGAUUGUAACAGUUGUUGUCCAGAAUUGAAAAUUUUUAACAUGUGUCUUUGAUUGAAUGGUUUUUGAAGGUCAUAGAGAUGUUGCUGAACUUCUCCUUGAAAAUGUUGCAAACAGAGACUGCAGAACAAAGACAGGCAUCACUCCACUCUUUCAGGUAACUUGCAAACAUCAUUCUACAAUGUAUGGCUAAAAUAUAGAAACUUUACUAAACUACAUGUACAUAUUAUGUUCAAUUAGUUUCAAUGUCAAACCAUUUGACAGACGGUUAUCUUCCACCCUCAGGGCUUGGAAAAAACUUGAAUUCCAGGUUGUCCUUUGGGCAGGCAGCUCCACAUUUUGCCUUCCCAGCGACACUUCUUACUUGUCGUAAAUAAUUGGUUUGGUUAGAAGAUGACUCGCUUAGACCCUUGCCCUUUGGGCAAGUGAAUUUGAAAGUUACUUGCCUUGGAAGAAAAUCUGCUUGUCCCAGACAACAGGAUUGGACUUUUGCAGAGGCUUUUUCUUGAUCAGGGAGAAGACAAAGAGGCCCUGCCUGAAUUGUGUCAAGCUUUUGAAGUCGCCACAGCCUAAACUUCUGUUCUAGUUAGUCUCGUUUUCUCUCGUCAAACUGGUUUUUGAGUGCGAACAUCUGUUUUUUCAUAAUCCUGUGGUCAUAUCUGAGUCCACUGUACUGAGCACAUGGCAAAACAAGACAGGUGUUAUAUUCUGACUUGUGGGUGGAAAAUAGACAUUUUCUGGAACCACCCAAUUGAAGGAAGGGGGCUGAUGGACUUGACUGUGCAUGUUGUCCUGAUGACCCAUCAUGUACCAAGUGUAUUUUUUAGAAGUGUUGCAACGUGUUUUUAUCAUACAACUGGAGUUGAGUUGAAGCUGAGACACCUUGCUUGUUUGUGGUUUCCUGUAGGCUUGCCGUGAAAACCAUGUGGAUGUGGUUGAACUACUUUUGGAUUAUGGAGCAAGUGUGAAUGCGCCUUUUCCAAACAGCAGGUAAGAAGUUCAUUGAUAUUUUAAACGACUGCCCUAUAACUAGUGUAGAUGACUGACCUGGUAGUGUAAAAUUUUGACAUGGCACACUUCAAAGGAAACAUAGUACACAGCAAUAUGUUGUAAGUUAAGAAUUGUUGAACUGAAGAAAUCCAAAUUGGAUGUUUUGGGCUUUGCACUUCAUAUUUUUUAAUAGAAAUUAUUGGAUAAGGCUGAGUAUGAUAUGAGGAAUCAUGCUGAUCAAGGACCCUCUGAGACCCUCUCAAAUUCUUCCCUCCUUUUAGUCACCCAUUCCCUUUUUACGCUGAUAACACAGUGCAAGUUGUGGAUACCUGCCUUGCCUGGGUUCACAACUUGCCAAGAUUAUCAGCCAUAGAAGUGGUUUGUUGUCUUGUAGCCAGCUGUUUGUCUAAAAUCUGUUUUUUAAAAAUAAACGGUUCAUACACGUCAAGCGCUUGUUAUUCAAAUUGACUCCUUUUGCUUCUGAUUUCAGGGAAAACCCCUUGACAUUAGCUGGGGAAAAAGGUCAUGUUGAACUUGUGUCUCUGUUACUGAGCAGGUCAGUAUACAUUUUUCCUUUUCCAGUAUUGCAAUAUGGAAUUUUCCCUGGCAAACUCAUUUCCUUUUAAUUAGAGAACCUGAUUGGCUCAACAUGGAGCCCUUCAAUGAUCAGUGCUUUGUCAGAUCUCCCAGGGAAUUAAAAAAACACCAAUACAUGUAUGACUAUGUUCUUUCACCAGAAUGGCUAAUGUUGAGUGUCAUACAAAAAAGGGUUGCACUCCUUUUCACCUGGCAUGUAAAGAGGGUCAUCUACAGAUAUCUCAACAGCUGUAUGAAAAAGGAGCAGAUACCGAGGUGAAACAUAGAUUUAGUCUAGUGUAAAUCUUGAACUACUUGUGGAAAAAAACUGAGAAACAAAUAUAGGGGUGUGUGGAAAAAAAUCCUUCAAAACUGCCUUGUUCUUGAUUUCAAAGUGAAUAGAGAUUUAACUUUUCAUCAAGUAGUGAUGGCCUGUCAUAGAAAUAAUCAUUGGUUGAAAAUCUUAACCAACGCAGUAGUUUAUCAUUUGCCCAGUAUACUGAACCAGAGGCCCAAGAUACAAAUACUGUACCUUAUGAAGGCUGAGUCUCCACAAGUCCUGGUUAUGCUAAACCCUGACAUCAGUGGACUUAAGAAAAUAAUGGAUUGUUUGUUGACUCUUUUCAUUGAUUUUAUUUUUAGGCCUGUGACUCACGAAACAACACACCUCUUGUGGCAGCCAUGAAGAAUGGACAUGUUGAGGUUUGACAACAAUUUAUGCAUUUAUUUCCAGUAAAAGAAAUUGGUGGUGGGGGGGUGGUGGAGGCUAGUUGAAAUAAUAGACCUUUUUACCAUUAUGGCGGCCAUAUUGAAUUAAUUCGAUUUAAUGAGUAUUAUAGGAUGCCCAGGGGGAAUGAACACAUUUCGUUUGUAUUUUCGAGCGCUUUUUGGGACUUUUUUUCUUUAAGUUUUCUUAGAAUAAGAUUGUAACGGGAAAAAAGAUCCUUGUACCAUGUUUGGAUGUAAUAAUGAUCACCUUUUUCUAGUUUAGUAUUAGAAAUAUGGUCUUUCAUUGUAUAUUUCGUGGGAAAAAGGCGAUCAUUAUUACAUCCAAACACGGCACAAGGAUCUUUUUUCCCAUUACAAUCUUAUUCUAAGAAAACUUUAAGAAAAAAUGUCCCGAAAAGUGCUCAAAAAUACAACAAUGCCCCCUGGGCAAAAAUACAACAAUGCCCCCUGGGCAUCCUAUAAUACUCCUUAAAUCCAAUUAAUUCAAUAUGGCCACUGUAACGGUAAAAGGGUCUAUUCUCUUGUAGGUGGGCUAGCAGGUGGGUAAGCUGACAGUAAAACUGACUUUCUUUGUACCCUGAGUUAGAUGCUAGUCAAUUAUUGUGGGAAUUGAUCAGUUAACCCUUUAAACCCCAAUAUCCACAUACAAAUUCUCCAAACUGAUCUCUAUACAUUUCCUUUAAGAAUUAGUUAAGAGAAUUUGAUAAAAGAUCAAAGCAUUUUCUCUUGGGUGAUCAUUUUAUUAAUUCUCAUAACCUUUAAAAUAAUAAUAUUUCACUAAACCAGAGUGUGUUUUUCCUCUUUUAUCGCAACAGGUAGUGGAAUGGCUGCUUGGUGUUGUCAACCAUCUUCCUUCUGAAGACCUGUGUCAGAAAUGCCUGGUUGCACCUGUGGAUGACAAAGAGAAACAUGAUGACAUGAUGUUAGGACGAACAAAGUGCUAUGACCUUGUCACCAAGGUUUGUUAUAUAUGUUGUGGCUCAAUUUUGUCCUUGGUUUAAAUUUUAUUUCCCCUUUUUUUUUCCCUUUGUAAUGUAUGAUAAUGUGUUUAAAACAAAGGAAAAUGUAAUUUAAACCAAGAAUAAAAUUGAACUGCAACAUUUACAAUCUAUUUUUAAUUACCAGCAAGAAAGGUUUUUUAAAUAGUGCAUUUAUUGUAAAUUGCUAUGUAAAUAUCUUGUUUCUUCUUGUAAGAUGGGGGCUACCAUGGGCUAGAAAUACCUCUAAGGAGGUAGUUGUUGCAUUAGCUCUCUCCUUUUCAUGGUUCAACAGUUUUACCUUAAGAAUGGCUGGUAAAAAUAAUCAUCCCUGUCCCAGGGUGUUUAUUAAGCAUCAGAGAUCAUAGAAUUCUCCGGCCAACAUUGAGGAGCCUAUGACAAUUUUUCAUUCAGACGUGGAACCUCUUUCAGAAUAUUUUUCUGUAACGUUACACCUUUCUCCUGCUACUAGAGUUCUUAAUGAAAACGUUGCUGUCCAGAAUAGUCACUGGAACCAGAGUGGAGUGAUUGGACUAGAUUUCCAUCAGUUAGCAGAGUAUUAAUCAUGUGUUUAAGUGCCGCUCUUCUCUCCUUUUUGGCCUUGUGUUGUUCAUGUAUUUUUUAUAGUUACCUUAAUUUUGUAGAUUGCUUCUUUUGCAAACCAAGUUUGUUCCAAAUUGAAUAUCAAGGAAAAACUUAUAAUUCAGCAUAGACCAUAAGGCAACUUGUUUCUCCGCCCCCACACCACCUCCCCCAAAAAUUGCUUAACCAUUGUCUUCUAUUUCUCUUCUGUUAUACCCAGGAGAUAUUGGAAAUCAUAGUUACGCAAAAUUUGGGGGAAUAAACAAGGUGCAUUAUGGUCCAUGUGAAAAUGGUUAAUACAUUAUUGCCAAAAAAAAUAGUACCAUGCAAAUUAAUUACUAGUGAGGUUUAUUUGAGUAGUUGCUUGGUAGGUUUUUGUCGUAUGACCUAAAAGUUAGAACAACUUAGCAAGGUAAUAAUUUGUACUGAAUCUGUAAAUGAAAUGGAAAGUGUUUAAGUAUUAGUUAAUUUCAUGUAUUUAGUUAAUCACUCUGACUUACAGUGGUGGUUUGUUGUAUUUAGGCAAAGAAGGCAAAGGAACAGAAAGUCCAGCGCAAUACAGAAAUCUUCUUAAAGGUGAAUGCUUCAUAGAUCUUAUACCACAUUAAUGGUAUGGAAUUAAAUGUUUCUUGCUAAGACGGUUUCAGUGCUUUUGUUGGUAAUUUACUAUUGUUUUUGACCGAAAAGAAAAAAAAGAAAAAGAAUCCAGUGAGUGAUGGAAAAUUCUGGGAUCACGAGAGUUUGCUCUAUGAGCAUGAUACACUAGAUAGUAUCUGACACUGGAUUGUAAUUCCUUGUUACUAUGACAACAUCAAUAUCAAUACUAACAGGGAGAAAAAGUAAUGAGAAUUGAUAAGAUGAUCACCUGAGGGAAAAUUCUUUGAUCUUUUAAAAACUUCUCUCAACUUGUUCCUUAGGGAGAUGAAAGGAGGUUAGUGUAGAGAAUUUGCAUUCAGAUCUUGGGCCAUUUAUACGAGGAAAAAUAAGACGCGUCUUACAUAAGUCGUGUCUUAAAUAUGACGCAAACUGUACCAUUCAUACGAGCAUGUCUUAUCUAAGACGAGAACAGCUCGUAUAAAUGCUUCGCGUCUUAUUUCUGUUCUUGACUCGUUUUUAUGUGAAUGUUGCCCGUAGCAACGGCAAUCCAACGUGGCGUGCCAAAAAUUAACGCAUGUGUACUAUGCGUUCGCGUCUUAUUUAAGACGCGAAGGUCAUUUAUACGAAGUUUUUCUCGUCUUAGCUAAGACGCGUCUUAUCUAAGAACAGGUGUUAAGGGCUGUUCUAUAAUAAGACGCGUCUUAGCUAAGCCGCGUCUUAUUUUAGACGAAAUGUGCCGUUUAUACGGAAAGUUCGCGUCUUAUUUAAGACGCAUCCUAUGUAAGACGCGUCUUAUUUUGCCUCGUAUAAAUGGCCCUAAUUUCAUUGUUGUAUUUUGUUUUAGGAACUGGAGCAUGAAAAAGAGAGGGAAGACAUAAGAAAAAAGAAAGCUGCAGCUAAACGCCGAGACAAGCGCAAGAGAAGGAAGGCAGCAAGGGAAUGUGAUUCACAGUGUAUUGGUCAAAUUGUUGAAGAUCUGCCGCUCGAGAACAGGCCACAAGAAGCGUUUGUAGAUGAAUAUGAUCAUGAGCAAGAGGACGGAGUGGGUGACGUGGUCGAUACAACAAGAAAGAACACUGAGGAGGUGUUAACAACGGACAGUCAUAAGGAGUCUACAACAGUUAAGGGGGAUAAUCCAGUGAUAGAAAAUGCGCUUAACAAUAGACAGGUUACAGAUGAUUGCAAAAAUAAGCUUUCGUCUUCGAACAGUAACAAAAGACCCCCACAGGAUGUGAGUCAAACCAAGCCAAGGAGGCCACUGAGCAGCACAAGUGAUGUGCUCACGUCAGAGAAUUCACUUUCCUCAAAAGAUAAAGGUCGUCAGCGCAGUCAGAGUGCAGGAAAGGAAUUUGAUUCGCAAAACCACAAGGUACAGGACAGAAAUUCAAGGCAGAGAUAUGAUGAGCUGCCAAAGAUUUCAAAAAAGAAAAACAAUCAGGAAGAUCCCGCAAGGUCGCAGAAAGUUGAAGUAAAAACUAAGACUACAAGUGAGGUUACUCAAUCUCAAGAAGUUAACUGUGUCAAGACAGAAACCAAAUAUCACAGUAAAGGUGAAAAACCAGCGUCAAAGAAGGAAAGUAAUGAAAGGGCAAAUAACUCUGUUGGUAGCCCGAAGAAAAGUACCUCUCAUGGUAAACAGCAGUCAGCUGGAGGCACAGGCCACAGUGGAGGUAAGGCAAGUAGUCCCAAAGAUGCAACAAGCCACACAGGAUCACCAGCUAAGCCUUCUUCAGAUACAAAUCAAGGAUCAGCAAAGAGAAGUAAAGAUGGUACACAUGCUGUGGAUGGUACGCAUGUUUUGUCAGGGAAUGACAGCAGCAGGGGGUCAACGAAAACUACAUCAAGCAGUGGUCAUACGCCAAGUGGUGCUAAAAACUCAUCAAGUGAUGGUGAAAGGGAACAUAAACCAGGUAAUUGUCAUGUAAUUGUCAAACGUAAUUAACAAACAAACACUGCUAUGUGACUGCUAGAAGUGUCAACUAGUUUAUUAGCUACACGUGUUUGUGGUUAUCAUAAACACAAAUUUUCAAAAAAUUAAAAAUUUUCCUUUAUUAAUAAUGAUAAAAUAAUAAUGAUAUUUGUUAUUUAUAUUGCACAAUUCAUUACAAUCAUAUAUAAUAACGUGCGAAAAAAAAGCUAAAGAAAUCCUGUUUUUGUUUUUGAAUAUCAGUAAUUCAUUCACCGAGGUCAAAACAGCAACAUUCCCAAAUUGGAGAGGGUGAGGAUAGUUGGAAAGAAGUUACAAGAAGCACAAACUCCAAGUAAGUUUGCCUAAUGAUAAAGUAAACACUGUCACUGUCUGACUGAGUGAUGGGUUGCGUGGCUGACUAACUUAGUUAACUGUCUGUCUGACUGACUGACUGGCUGGUUAACUGAAUUACUGACUAAUUGAUUAACUUGCUGGAUGAUUGACUGACUGACUGAUCGCCUGAUGUAUUGACUGACUGUCUGAAAGAUAGCGUGCACCACAGUCGAAAAUAAACCUCUGGUUAACUCAGUCUGUGAUCCAGUGCAGAAAACUUGUUCUGGGUCCCCAGCUGUGUACCAAGAUUUGAGUAUGCGCCAUGGUUGGCCUGUUAAAAAACUAUUGCUCUAUUGGCCAAUCAGAUGGAAGGAAAUUCAGAACAUACUUCAGGUAAUUCAUUUAGAUCGUUAGAUUACUUCUGCUACCCAGACUAUGUAAUUAAAGGAUUGACUGACGGACUGAUUGAAGGACUGACUCAAUAACUAGCAGACUGGCUAUCUUACUGGCUGAUCAAUAACCCGGGGGGGGACUCCCAUUUGAAACAGACGGGGGUGCUCGUCGUCUCCCUUAGGGGUGUAAAUUUUGGAUUUUGGUCUCGCUUAGGGUGUUCCAUGCAAAGCGCCAAUAUUUUAAGCCGCCAAGGUCUCGUUUAGGGUUCCGCGAAGAACUUGAGAUUUAUGACAAUGCUUUUAAAAACUACUUUUAGAUAAAAGCAUUCGAUGAUUAUGUCUUUAUAUCACUAAAACUCAUUGCAUGUCGUAUUUGUGUGUUUUUAAGCGGUCUCUUUUAGGGGUCAAAAUGUGCUUAAGCCACGCCCAGAUUGGUCUCCUUUAGGGGUCACAAAAAGCUUGAGCCACGCCCAGAUGGUCUCCUUUAGGGGUUAAAUUCAAAAUUUCCGACGAGCAUCCCCGUCUGUUUCAUAUGGGAGUCCCCCCCCCGGGAUCAAUAAGCGACCCUUUUGUGAUAUAGCUAAAUAAAUGAAUGAGUGACUGGUUAAUUAAAAUAUGAAAGGUGAGUUGGGUCACUGAACCACAGACCCAUUGUCCAGACGAAUAAUUGACUGGUUCACUCACUAACAAUUACUUUUUGUUUAUAAAUUCAGGACAGUCAUGUUUCAGUUAACAGCGCCCAAUGCAAUUUGUGGUCGUGUGAUCGGCAGAGGUGGAAGCAAGAUCAAUUCAAUAACAGUACGUGAUAGAUAAUUGGUUAACUGCCUAUGCCAUGAAGUUAAUAAAUAACAGAAAAUAUUCAAAGAGGGAAUGUUUAUUUCAGAAAUAUUUUUGAUGCUCUACCUCUUGGAUGGGAGAAUGUGUGUGUGUGUGUGGGGGGGGGGGUGGUUGGGUUGUAACGAUUUUAACGUGAAAUGAGGUGACUGCCAAACGAGUUAUUAUGCACAGAGCUGCACAGCUUUCUUGUGAGAAUUUUUUAGGGGUGCCUGAUUGGUUUGUAUUUUUUAAGGUCUGUGUGUGAUUUACGUUAGGAAUUUAUAGAUUUUUGUUGAAGACGAAAUUGUUUCUUUCAGGAAGAAUCUGGGGCACAGAUAACAAUCGGCAAACCAGAACCAAGGAAUCCAACUGACAGAAUUAUUACCAUCAAGGUAUGUUAGUAUUUAAAGAUCAUGUCCUAACAUAUGAUAUUUUUAUGUCCCAUUAGCCUGAGAAAACAUCCAACAUACCACUGGUUUCCCUGCAAAACGAUGUCUAAGGAACGGGCACAAUUACAGUAUGGAAUUUCCGCGCCCCUUCCGGAGACGUCAUUUCGCGGGAAACCAGUGUUGGCGUGGCCAAAUGUCAGAUGUUUUCUCGCGCUAAUUUUCUCUUUGUUUGAUUAUAAUAUUGGCUAAACAUGAUAGUUAUGUCAAGCUUAGAACGACAUGCUUUGCUGACUGCAAGUUAGGCAUUUAUCAUAUUUUCUCUGCUUUACCCCCUCAUAGUUAAUUUCAAACUUGAUGUGGUAGUCAGGGCAUUUGUUUGAAUCUGCAGCUCGUUCCAGCCCCGUGUUUCAUAAGAAAGAGUUUUGAAUCGCUGUUCUUCACAGCAUCGCAUCAUGACCGUAUAGUCAAGGAUAAUUUACGUAGCCUGUUCUAGACUCCAAAAUAGUAAUCUGCAGAGAUCGUGAAAAGGGAUGCGAAAAAUGGGCGGGGGCUGGGAAGAGAAAGGCUCCUCCUGUUUUCCCUUGACCAUAUUUUCCCGACGUCCCAGUUAUCAGCGAGCCUGGCACCGGCUAAAGAUUAUUGGACGACAAGUUAAAGCUUCAGGUUGUUAUUUACAACUUUCCUGUUUUGAAUCGCGUUUGAUAAAAAAGGGCAAUUUGCUUAUUCGCUGAUGUUUUGUAGGGAUCCAGCAAAGCAGUACAAAGAGCAAAGUAUCUUGUGACGCAGGCGUUAAACACGCCCAGCACAAUGGGGCAGGCAACUCCUACAUCUUCAACGGCUACAACAUCAAAUGCUAUGUCAUCCUCUGACAGGAUGGAAACCAACACCUCACCAGCCCCCGUCCGGGGAAACUACGCUGCAAUUCCUUCAUCGUCGUCUGAGUGGCCCACCAUUGAGCAGGCUAACAACAUGGCGGUACAAGCACCGCCCACCAAACCUGUCACACCAAACAAGACAGAGAAACCCAGGGAUGCUGGAAAGAAUUCAUCGGAUUUUAGCGAUAGUAGUCAGGAAGUGUUUGAAGAAAACGGUGCGUCUGUGGUUAAUGAUAGAGCCCCUGACAGUGUUGAAGUAGCCAAGACUUUUGCUUCUUCAACUCCAGUUUCAUCAGGUUCAACACAAACAGCUUUAUCAGCGUGGAAGCCAUACAGACAGUCCCCACAGAGCAUGGGUGCUUGUACAAGUGCUGUGACCACGACUGCCAGUAGUGGGGUGACUGUGUCGAGUGCGAGGGAUGCUGGGAGUAGGGUGACGUCAGCAAGGCAAAGCAGUAGUGAUAAUCCGGGAUCAUGUAAGCCACAGCAUCCACUGGGCAACCAGGGUACACAGGAACACCAAGGUGCACGGCAAUAUGGUCAGAGCAUAAGUACAGUGAGUGAAGCCACAACUGUCUCUUCACAGAAUAAUUGGGGAACAAAGGUACCGAUUGAUGACAAUUUUAAGCGGUUUCAUGUACUGUAUUUCUCAAGGGCCUGAUUUUGCGAACUUUUGAUAGUGCUAUCCACCUUUUGAACAACUGGGGCCUGAUUUUUUUUUUUUUUAAACUUAUUGACCUUCAAUCAGUGACAGGUAGGCGUUCUUAAUCCACGUAUAUUUUAAGGAAAAUAACCAAAGAUACUCCCCCAAAUGCAUGUCCAACUACUUAAGGGGAGAGUGGCAGGAAGAAUUUGAUGAAUUAUUUUUUUUGUGAAAAGUGACACACACUAUUUUGUGCCAACUAUUUUGUGCCAAUUAUUGACCGAUCUUACGUAGAUACCGCUAGAUAAAAGUACAACAGUCGGAUGUUAGCUGAUGGAAUAUAUCCAAUAUUUGUUUUGCUAUAUUUCAUAAUCCAGCAUUUUUUGAGCAAAUUUUCGUCAAUAUUGAGACUAACCCGAAAGUAAUUUAUUGUUCUGUCGCCUCAGAAGCAGUCAUCUUCGCCAACAUCGGUAGCUACAGUAUCCAUAAGUACCAGUGCCGUGACAACGACCACAGACAUGGACCGGCAUGUUACACCGGAAAACCCUUUCGGAGUCAUUGGAGAAGUGGCCUCUGCUGUUACAGCUUUGCAAAGUAAGAAAGUAACAAAGCAACGAAUCUAUGGUUUUUUCAUUUUCAAGGAAUAUGAUUGCUGACACUGAGUUCCACAGCGAGUGAAGUAAACUAAACAAAAUAAGACUCCUUUAAUAUAUUGUAUAGAGUAAUAACUUCACGCAAGAAUUUGUUUUUUUGUUCCAAGUCUGUCUGAUUUACUUUGUCUGGGAUUAACUCAUCCCCUCCCCUUCAAAACUCGCCCCCCUGCAAGGGGAAUGGGACAGACAAUGCCCUCUGGAAGAUCAGUCCACCAUUUUGUCUUUUUUCGACAUAAACGCGACUCAAUAUUUGAUUGGGCAAUAAUAAACUUGACUGUCAUACGAACAUAGCAUGAACCUCGUCCCCAGGCUAAUUUGCAACGUAAGAGAUCAGUAGGCUUGGAGAUUUGGGAGUCCCAGGCGAAUUGACCGUUGACCGGUUAAGUCAGGUAGAUCCGCCUGAGUAGCUAGGCUAGGCAUUUCUUGUUAAGGCCUGGGGCCGGUUAUUUUCCCCGGCUAGUAUGAACAUAACCCUCGCCUACUUUUGAAGGAAAAUAGAAGAAAAAUAGAACCAAACAAUAUCCCUAGCUGUUUGAUUCCCCGUUUACUUGUAUUGUUUACCCGUUAACUUGAAACUUUAAUGACAGCCCUGCUCUUUCUCCUUCAUUCCCCUUCAUAUGCAAUAACAAAUCCAUUUUAUUUUAGCUGAGGCAACUCCUGUUCCAGAGUUCACUGCUCUUCAACAAGAUCAGCUCUUACAGAAGAGAGCACCUUCUUCAACUACCACCACAGAGGCAGGGUCUGGCUUGUUAACUUCACCGAGGGAAAAGAACAAGUCCAAGUUCCCUUAUUUCAGCCCCUGGGCAUCGCAACGCACAGGUGCUGUACCGUAUUUCCGGUUGUCGCUCAGUAACUUUGGGGGGAGGGGAGAAAAGCAACAGCCAGAAAUACGUGUGGGUUGCUAGGCUACUCAAGUGCUGGACAAACUACCUGGGUACCAGAGUUUUUUUUUCUCGUUUGCUGAGAUCGAGUUCGGCGGAGAUGUUUCAGGGUCGGCCGUACCGACUCGUCUUCGGCCGAAGGCCGAAGCCGUGAGCGGCGAAUCGCGCGGGUAACUGUGAAGACUUGGCAGAAACCGGAAACCGCAUAUGAAAAGUCUUUGUCACCCAGGCAACGUACAAACGGAUUUAAGUUAUGAAACCUCUCGAUUCUUGGGCGUCCAUUUACAGAAUCAAAUGCAACGUGCAAUGUUUAUAGCAAUGAACAACAACAAUGGUCACAUUUCAGGAUUUCCGGUCCUCAGACUCAAAAAUCAGAAAAACCUUGUACAACGUAAUAAACGAAAGCACAAGAAAGUAUAACUCAAAAGUUCAUCGAUCUAAAGAAAAGUUUAAGUCAGGGAUGCAUCAUGAUUAUUCUAUUUUAAAGCAUUUUUUUAUGUGAAUAAACAAGUAAUAUUGUUUCUACCGUUUCUUAGGAAUCUCAGACAUUGGCACAGACAGUUAUUCAUCCGGAGGAAAAUUAGAGGUAACUUGUGGAUUUACAAAAACAGAUAAAAGAGCUUAAACUUUAAAACAACCUACGGCAGCUCAACACGAAUCCCUCUUCGAGGGUCAGUGGUGUAGCGCCGAUCGUGGUGUUUGGGAAGUCAAAUGUUGAAACCCCUGUGGGGACUCGCGUGACACGACGUCCUCUCUUGCAGCUUAAUGGUAAAGUUUUAUACGCUGUUGACCAAGCGUGAAGUUGAGAUGGCUGGAUAUCGGCCAAGUUAAGUAGUUGUGGCGAAAAUACAGUUUUAUUGAUAUAUAGAUUUAGCCAAGUCUAAAAGCGAAGCUUCCAUCUAUACCUCUCGCAAUAAUCAAAUUUGUGUUGCAUUUUCCUUUCAGGGAUCUCUCCCAGGAAUGGAACUCUUCACUAGCAGUCUCUUCAGUAGUGGGUAGGUUGUCCUGUCUCAUUUUCCUUCAGACAGUCACAGCUUGUGUCUUGAUCUAGAUAGUACACUACAGGUUAGGACACAGACGGGUGAUAGAGCGAACUUUAAAGCGAAGCACACAAGCGCCAAAAAAAACCCUGCGAGGAGAAAGCCCUUAAAAAAUAAUUGUUUCUGAGCAGCUUAAGUUUCGGAGAAAAGUUUGUUGUGGGGUGCGUAUAUUAGGGAUUCUUAGCGAAUUUUACUUGUUCACCUACAUUAAAUCUUUAUCACCAACAAUUAAACCUUCGAGAAGGGAAGUGCGAAUAUCUUAGUCUCAACGGUGUCCCGGUAUCGGAACGAAAUGUUCGUGGCCGUCGACGUCAGCAGCCUUUGCUUUAUAUUUCCCGCCUUUUUAUACUUUUUUGACGGGAAUCCCACAAGGCCACCGGGGCUUGGUAUGGAUGCUUAAAAGUUUCCUACUCUUCAGUGGAGGCCCCUGAUUCUGUAAAAUGAUGUUGAUGUUGUUUUUGAUUUCAGUUCUCUCUCGUCAUAUCCAUGGUCAACUGGUGAAGACAGAAAUGAACUGAGUGAAGAGAGAUCGCGUAGCAUAAGCUGGUCCGGACAGGUAUCAAGCUAUACUAUGCUAAAUAUGAGCUAAAUUUUUGCAGUUCGCAUUCUAAUAUCAGAUGUGAACCUGUGUCCAUGAAGGUCAAUGAUCAGAUAUGACGAUAAGGAAUACUAAGAAGUGUUCGUAUACCCGUCGUACCUUAUGGGCAUGCUUCAGUAGCCGAUAUUAGUUUACGUCACCUGAGCUUUGGUUCGUAAUUUGGCAAGACAAAAUACUCAUGGCGAGUGUUUUAUCUUUGGUUGUUAUCAAGUUAAAUUUCCCUUUGUUUUAAACUCCUUUUCUCACAUUAUUUUACCUAAAAACAAAUUGAACCAGAACCAUCAUAUGAGAGACCCCUCGUUAUUUGCGUCCGAGAUUUCAUUUCCAUUUGAUCAAUGACGUUUUUACCGCUGUCGUAGUCUGCGUAGCUGGCGGUUUGUUUGGCGGGAAAAUGAGCGGCGAGGCUGCGAAAGCGCGCGCGAACGAUCGGCGUAACAUAUUUCUCUCUAUUUGCGGGUUCGACAACUUAAAACCUCCAGCUAUGUAGAGUACAGCUGUGGUUGUCGUUACUAAAUCACCCUUCUACUUCAAUUACACGCGCAAACCACGAAAUACGAUUUUUUGCAGCAUGAUUAUCAGGGAGAACAGCAAUUCAUAUCACCCGUGAAAGAAAAAUUUUCUUCGUCAGCUCAGAAGUCUGCGGCUGAUUCCUCGGCAGUUACGAUGCGGGCAUCGGAUCUCCGAGGAGACUCCGGUACUUUCAAGCCCCUGUCAUCAGGCAUUUGGGGUCCGGUUACAUCACAGCCCCCGCCGCCUGCUUCUCACGUUACGUCACUAUCUGUUGUGUGUGAUGAUGGCUCACCUGAUAAACAGGCCUGGAACAAUUCCGACAGCACUAGUAGCAGUAGAAGCAGUAGCAGGCAAGAGUUGUCUUCCAUCAUGGACAGUGAUGUGCAAGGAAAUAGCGGAGUGUGGAAUUCAUCGGCCUUUGUUGAAGACAUGACGCCUACACCUCAGCAAGCUUCCGGAGGGAUGAGCACUGCGCUUUCAGAUCAAGGAGUGCCGACCGGUGCACAGUGGGUGCCGGGAAGAGGUGCAUAUAGCGCGCCAUCCUCACCCUCCCUACCCCGGACGCAAAAUCUUCCCGAGUCGGCACCCCCCUCAGUGGGAGGGCGACCAUCGGUUGAUGACUUUGCAGUGCGGUCGUGGACAUCAAAGCAAAGGAGCCCGCGUUCAUUAAGUAGCAGUGAAGCUUCGACAGGCUGGAGUGAAAACCUACCGACACAACCCCGGCGUUCAAGCGUGGACUUGUCGCAACCCGGAGUGGGCGAAAGCACCAUCCCUGCACACCCCUGGCAACAGUAUUCGCGCAUGCCACAGGGACCCUACCCUCCUGGACUAACAAUGAGAGAAAACUGGAUUGAUCAGCAAUCUUCGUCGACAGGAAUUUCUGAGAUCAAUCAACUGUUACAACGACUGGCUUUAGAAAAGUACAUACCUGUUUUCGAGGUAUGUCUCUAUCUUUGCCGACUGUAGACCUGUUGCAUAAAGCCUUCUGAUUUUUUUAUUAUUAUUAUUGUUUGUAACUUCAGAUCACGUGAAUCAUAAGAUGAGUUUAGUAGCUCUUUUGGUGGAUUUUGAAAUACCGUAUUUAUUCAAAUAAGCGCCCAACCUCGAAUUAGCGCCCACCUCGAAUAAGCGCCCAUCCUAAAGGCAGAAAAAGUUUAUAAGCGCCCACCCCCUCCUCCUUCCAAUCAAACUCGAAUAAGGGCUCACCCCCACCCCACCCACUUGAGUGAAUAAAUUGUAAUAAGAAACUUCCCUGAGGACGGAGUUUUCGUCAGAGCAUUUUACAGAAACCUUGCUUUGUUACUUCUUCGCGUUUUGUUAUUAGCAUUUAUUGUUUUGUUGUAAAAUAAACAUACUUCACUUGCUGAAAAUGGUGAAAAUUCAAUAAGCGCCCAGCCUCGAAUAAGCGCCCACUCUCAAGGUCCAAAAAUUUAAUGAGCGCCAAGGUCGGUUAAUCGAAUAAAUACGGUAAGCAUUUUUCCUUUUCUAUCCUAGGAACACGGCAUUGAUGCCACACGAUUGGCUCAAAUGAUCGAAGAGGACCUGGAGAAUCUGGGCAUUCCAAAGGUUUUGAGCAGAACUUGUUUUUGAUCGUUUCUUGAAUGAAAGGCUUGCUUUUAGUCUUGCAUAUAUCCUUACGAUUGCUGCUUUUCUUCUUUUAGGGACCACGUUUAAAGUUGAUGUUUGCUGUUCAUGGUUAGUAAUAGAAAUAAACUUGAGAGAUUUUUGCAAUACCUGCGACGAUUUCUAAAUCUCUAACUUGCCACAAAUCAGCCUGAACUAACAACUUAAAUUUAACUCAUGAAAUCUCACGUUUGCCAGGCUUGUCUCAACGUUUCGAUAUGUAAUGGUGUAGUUUUGUAUGCAAGGGUUACGAAAUAUAAGUCCCUUAACGAAAAAACGGAGGGGGUUUUAUAAGGAGGCCUUUUUUGCAUUAUGAAUUUUUGGGGCCUUGCAAACGGACGGACUUUUUUUCGGAAUUUAACGAUGCCCUCUUAGGGGGUCUCUUUCAAAUUGGAACAUUUUUAAGGUGCUAACUUUUUUGUACGUCUCAUUAUUAAGGAAGAAGGUUACUGUAACUAAAAUGCUUGCUUUUCCAGUAGGAGUUGACGCUAUAGUUUUGUAGUGGUUAGUUCCAACUCGCGCAUUUAAAUUAGCUAGAUAGGACCCCUGAUUUUCUCACAACCAUUUUAGACAUAGACAUUUUUCCUUCUCUGUCUAGUCCCCGCACGGCUUCUUCCCAGGCUUCCUCUGUCAAUGCGUUUCGGUAACGUUGCCGAGACGAACGUGAUCCGAAACGCAUAGGCUGCGCGGAAAAAUAAGGCCUGGAGACUAGACAAUGUUCUCCCGAUCACUCAUUCUGAGGCUCUAACAAAUGUUUUGUAAUACAGGUGCAAGAGGGUCCAGUGGAAGUACAUUCCAAACCCCAGGUAAUGGGUUUGUAAAGAUGGAGCAAGCCCCCACGAUCCUACCACAACACAAGAAACCCAACAAAAUGGACCAACCACCGCUCUAUAACAAUCACAAUCACGUUCUUUCGCAGCACAGCGACUCUCAUCUGUCUCCGCUAGGUCACAAGUCAAAGCAAUCACUUAAACAACCACUCCACGCGUCACUUCUACAACAAUCGCCUGGUAACCACGGCAACCAACAUCUGCUGUCUCUAAUGACUGCUCAAGGGGGUGGGGGUCGAUCAGUGAACCCUGGUCAACACGUUGGAAUGGGCGGCCAGAACCAUGCGGGUCACCUCCCUCCCCGACCUCACUCCGCGGCAGGCAACAUGAUCACCAAUCAGGCUUACGUUCCGGUUGGUUCCCAUGGUGAUCAAGGGAUGUCGUAUGUUCCGCAACAGCAGGGGCAGUACAUGAAUCACUUGCCCUACACCCAAGGCCCCGCCCCGCCUCAAGUGUUUUACCCCGGGGGCUUUUACUACUUCUACCAGCAGCAGUAGAAGGACUCUUCUAUUUCUCUUCAAGCUGAUCCUUUACUCAUUAACUUAUUGAUUCGAUCAUUAGCUACACCUGGACACUUGUAAUUUAUAAUGUCUACAUGUCUUCAGGGUUUUCAAAUCAUGUAAAAGAGACAAAAGUUACAUGUAGAUUCAAGUUUUAGUGAAUUGAUGCAAGAGGUUAGGUUGAAGUUGAGAAGGUGUUUGCAUUAAAGAUCACUCACCAAAGGU